AUGGUCACAGUACCCGGCUCAUCAUUGCAAAAUAUUACAAAUAAUAAUAAUAUAAUUAUGUCUGAUCGUGAUUCUAAGCUUACUAAACAACUGAUAUCUGAUUCUGUAGCACCGGUAGUAACUAUAGUCUCUUCAGACAAUUUGGAUGCUCAUUUAUCUAAAUCAUUUACUGGAAUAUCAUCAAUGUAUGAUCUAUUGCUUAAAUAUGGCAAUCACAAGUAUACCCGUGUUGCAGAUGAUUCCUUAUCCGGUGCUAAAGAUACAAAAAUAAACAAAACUAAAUACGAACUCGAUGAUCUUUUCACAUUAAGAUUUGCACCCAAUAUUAAAGAAUUGUUAAAAUUUAAAGAUUCUGCAGAUGAUUUAACUAAGCAAGUCAAAAGUAUAAUUACAAAUCCAUCGAGUAAUCAAAGUAAUAUUGCAUAUUUUCAUGAGUUUUUUCAGGAUGGUACCAAGUCUAUGGAAUUGAAUAAUCCUUUGACUACUUUUAAUCAUCCCAUAGUAGCACUAUUGUGUAUAGACACAACUACAACACCUAUUGAUCAGGAACAGCAUUCCAUAGAUAAUUAUGACUAUGCUAGAGACUUAUUAGUUGAGUUUAAAAAUAUUAAAAAGAAAACCACCAAGCUAAUGAAUUACAUUAAUGUGAAUGAUAUAUUACCUGUUUUCCUAUUGUGUUACAACGAUAACGAUAGAUCCAGUUUUGAAACUGCUUCCAAAUUGGCCAAAACAUUGAAGAAACAAUUAUUUGUGGAGAGUCUUUUAUUUCCUAUUUGGAAAACUGUUGAACACAAUACCAACGCACAAUGCAUAAAUUUAUCUGAAAAUUCGGAUAUUUUAAAUAAUAUAACCAUACAAAUGUACAAUUUGAAAACACAAUUAAUGACGCCCUUUAUGUAUAGGAAAAUUCAAUACUGGCAGGAAUCUAUAUUAAACAGUAGAAAAUCGUUACAAAGGUUUUUUUUUAAGAAAUUUGCUAAAGCAACUGCACAAACAUCUUCUUCGAAUUCUCCCACAGUAAUGGCUGCCGAAGAGGAAUUUCUAUUAAGGAAAAUGGCUGAUUGGUGUUUUAUACUGAAGGAUUUCAAAUUAGCAUACAUAUGUUAUGAUCAAUUAAUCAAGGACUUUAACCCAACUAAAAUGUCGUCUAUUUUACCCAAAAUUUUCAAGGCGCAAUAUUUACAAGCAAGUCAUUUGAUUUGGUCAACAAUUUCUAUUUUCAUGGGAGCACAGACUAUUAUUACGGGUAAAAUGAUUAAAUCUGAUAUAGACCCAAACAUUCAAAAGGCUAUAGAUUUAGUAGUUCCAAAUUGCGAGCACACCAGUAGCUCAGGUGGCAGAACAGCACGUGACGAAAUAUUUGAAAUCGUUUUACAUUUUUUAUUGCCCAUAAGCGAGUUGUUUUUGACAUUAAGCGAUGAAUGGUUGGGUGUGCCGUAUUCUAUUAAAUGGUAUGAACGAAUUUUACAAAUAAGUAAUGGUAAAUACUUUUUAAUUGAAUGUUUUAUAUGGGAAAGGCUAAGUUAUUGUUAUGACUUGAGAGUUGAUCCAAAAGUUGUACAGCAUGUUAAAUUACUAAAUUUAUCAGGUGAUGAUAACAGUAAUACUGGGGUUAUUCUCAGUAAAAAUAAUAACGAUUCUGUAUGCAACGACCUUAACCCAAAUAAAUUAAAUUGGGGUAACGAUUUAGUUAUUAAAGGGCAUCAUAGAAAGAGGAAGGCAAAUUUUUUCAAGUUAUUAGCUGCUAAAAAAUGGGCACAGUGUGGUGAAUUAGAACAAACCAAAAGACUAAUUUUGCAGGUGGAUAAAGAGUAUAAAGAUUUGGCGUUUGCACAGAGAAAUACUUUGCUGUUGUACAAGUUAAAAAAGCAAGUAGGUCUUGUGAGUUAG